AGGGGUUUCCAAGCUCCCGCUCCAGUUGCUCCGCCAAGCCGGUGGUUAGUUCGACAAUCUGGACCGAGCCAUCGCCGCCCUCUCCUAGCAAUCCCACGUCUGCCGACGAGCAGCGCCGCCACAAUGCCUCCAAAGCCAAGCAAAAUCCGGCCGAUGCGAAGGCCGAUAAUCAACAGAGAGACGAGCGAGUUCGAGCCGUGCUGGGAGAUCCUCAAGUCCGCCUUGACCGACAUCCACAAUAAAGACUCCAGCGGGCUCUCGUUUGAGAACCUAUACCGCGCGUCGUACAAGAUCGUUCUGAAGAAGAAGGGCCAGCUUCUUUACGAAAGAGUGAAAGCCUUCGAGGAAGAAUGGUUUCGAGACCACGUCCUGCCGGUUAUUGCCGAGCUCGUCUCCAACAAUCUCGUCAGCGUCUCCCUGAUGCAGAUGCCGGGCUCGAGUCCCCACGAGCGGCGCGAGACCGGCGAGCGGUUCUUGAGGGGUAUCCGCAGCACAUGGGAGGACCACAACACGUCCAUGAACAUGGUAGCCGACAUUCUCAUGUACCUUGAGCGCGCCUACGUUGCCAAUUCGAGACAGCCUUCAAUAUUCGCGACGACUAUUGGCCUGUUCCGUGACCACAUCCUGCGGAAUAACCUGGGCGGCGGCGGCGCGGACCAGCUGCAGCAGCCUUUCGUCGUCUUUGACAUCGUCAAUGCCGUUGUGCUUGACCUGAUCAAUAUGGAGAGAGACGGGGACAUCAUCGACCGGAACCUCCUUCGCAUGAUCACGUCCAUGUUGGAGGCUCUCUACGAAACGGAUGAUGAGUUCGAGAAUGCUAAGCUCUAUCUCACCGUCUUUGAGCCGCGAUUUCUCAGCGCGAGCCAGGUGUUCUACAGGAACGAGUGCGAGAAACUCCUUCGGGAGGGCAAUGCUAGCGCCUGGCUCCGUCACACCCAACGCCGCCUCCGCGAGGAGCGCGAUCGCUGCGAGACAUCGCUUUCCAUCCUGACCACGGACAAGAUUGCAAGGGUCGUCGAGCAGGAGCUUAUCGUUGCGAAACUGAACGAAUUCCUUGCCAUGGAAGGAAGCGGCAUGAAGAGCAUGAUUGACAACGACCGCUACGAAGACCUAUCCAUCCUCUACCAGCUCGUGUCGAGGGUCGACAAGUCAAAGAACGCGCUCAAGGUCAUCCUUCAGAGCCGAGUCAUGGAGUUGGGCCUCGAAAUUGAGCAAGCGCUCAAGAACACGGACUUCUCUGUUCCAGCGGCCGGCAUCGAGGUGGAGGAUGCGGCCGAGGGUGGAGAUAAGUCCAAGCCUCAACCCCUAAGCGCAGCAGCCCAGCAGACGGCAGCGGCCAUUAAGUGGGUUGACGACGUCCUCCAGUUGAAGGACAAAUUCGACCGUCUUUCGACGAGCUGCUUCGACAAUGACCUCGCCCUCCAGUCCGCCGUAACCAAGAGCUUCUCCGAAUUCAUAAACAUGUUCAACAGAAGUUCCGAGUUUGUCUCGCUGUUCAUCGAUGACAGUCUCAAACGCGGCGUCAGGGGGAAGUCGGACGAAGAGGUGGAAAUCGUGAUGCAAAAGGCCAUUGUGCUGCUCAGGUACCUCUCGGACCGCGACAUGUUCGAGCGCUACUACCAGAAGCACCUCGCCCGCAGGUUGCUGCACAACAAGUCGGAGAUGCACAUCGAGAAGGAGCUCGUCCGCCGAAUGAGGAGCGAGAUGGGCAACCACUUCACCGCCAAGUUCGAGGGCAUGUUCAAAGACAUGGAGCUGUCAAAAGACCUGUCGGACAACUACCGGCAUCACGUCCGCAACCUCGGCGAUGUCGACACCAAGAACAUCGACCUUAGCAUCCAUGUCCUGACCACUAACAAUUGGCCCCCGGAGGUCAUGGGCCGCGGCGCCGUCCAGGAGGACGGUGGCAGGGCGGAUUGCAUCUUCCCUCCGGCCAUCAAGCGCCUGCAGGAAAGCUUCACCAAGUUCUACUUGAAGGACCGCAGCGGCAGGGUGCUCACGUGGGUAGCAUCCGCCGGCAGCGCGGAUGUGAAGUGCGUGUUCCCCAAGAUCGCGGGCAAGGAAUCCGGCCCGCUCAGCAAGGAGCGGCGGUACGAGCUGAACGUCUCGACCUACGGCAUGAUCGUGCUAGAGCUGUUCAACGACCUCGGCGACGGCGAGAGCCUGUCGUUCGAGGAGAUCCAGGCCAAGACCAACAUCCCCACGCAGGACCUCAUCCGCACGCUGGGCUCGCUCUCCAUACCGCCCAAGUCGCGCGUGCUCGCUAAGGAACCGCUGACCAAGAACGUCAAGCCCACCGACAGGUUCGCCUUCAAUGCCCAGUUCGUCAGCAAGACCAUCAAGAUCAAGGCGCCUGUUAUUAGCAGCACGUCGAAGGUGGAGGACGCCGAGGAGCGCAAGGAGACGGAGCGCAAGAAUGACCAAACCCGGGCGCACGUGGUCGAUGCGGCUAUCGUGAGGAUCAUGAAGCAGCGCAAAGAACUGAGCCAUGCUCAGCUCACGACCGAGGUCAUUGGCCAGCUGGCGGGCCGGUUCCGGCCCGAGAUCUCCAUGAUCAAGAAGCGGAUCGAGGAUCUGCUGGUGCGGGAGUACCUCGAGCGGGUCGAGGGCGAUGCCGCGGCGUAUCGCUAUCUGGCGUGAUUCGGGUCCGUAGAAGCUUGGUAUCUCCCGUAGGCGUGGUAGUUACCUACUAAGAGAGGGCGUGGAUGUAUCAUGACGAUCUAAAUGCGGUUGUGUCGGGGAGUUGGGAACGGCUGGUCUUUGGUCU